ACAGUUUCAAAGAAGUUGGCACCAAUUCCUCCCAAGGUCCCCUUUGUGCAGUCAGGGACUGUUUCUGAUCAGCCCACUGGCCAGCCAUCCCCAGUCAGCCUGUCUCCUACUCCACCAAGCACCCCAUCACCCUAUGGACUGAGCUACCCUCCGGGGUACUCCAUGGCCUCUGGCCAGCUUUCUCCAGCCUCAGCUCCUCCCCUGGCCUCUCCCUCUGUCUUUACAAGCACUUUAGCCAAAUCUCGGCCCACCCCUAAGCCCCGACAGAGGCCCACCCUGCCGCCUCCUCAGCCUCCCAGUGUCAGCCUGUCGGCUUCAAGUCCACAGUCCACAGAGCACCCCAUGUUAGACGGCAUGUCGCCAGGUGAAAGCAUGUCUACAGAUCUCGUCCACUUUGAUGUCCCCUCCAUCCACAUAGAGCUGGGGUCAACGCUCCGCCUGAGCCCCCUGGAACACGCAAGGCGGCACUCCGUGACUGACAAGAGGGACUCGGAAGAGGAGUCUGAGAGUACAGCCCUCUGAUGUGGCCCACCCCGACACAUGUACAUACAUCUAUGGGCCCCGAGACACCACCCAGGGCAGUGCCUUCUAGCCUGCCAAGGAUUUUCCAUCAGCCCUUUGCUGUCAUGUCCAACACCAGGGUGGAGUUGGGCAGAGGAAAAGCGCUCUCCUGUCCGUGUGGCCAGUGUUGGUGGUGCAGAUUCUGUUUGUUCAUUUUGGGUGAUGAUUCCAGCCUUUUUUUUGACCUUUGCCUUUUGACUUUGUGCCUACUUUGAUCCAUCUUUGGCCUCUAUGGCAAGCAGCAUCCACCUCUCCACUCAAGGGCUUGUCAGAAUGCCCUUUACAGGAUGAGGGUGCAAGAGAGUCCCCUUACUGCCUUGACUGGGACAUUAGGUCCUGUAGCACACCAUAAGGGCCACAGGGGAAGCAAGACAGGAGGCAAGACAGGGGCAAGAGAAGUCCUUGGCAUUGUCUGUCCUCUGCUGCCAGGGUCCAGGCCAACCAGAAAGACCUUUCAGGCUACCCUUAAUCACAGCUCCAAAGUAAACAGCUUAAUACAUCUACUUCUGACAGCUUUCCUUCCCCCAUGUGACAAUCUGAAUUGAGGAUUUGAACAUAGAUGGCCCUAUGUAGGUCUCCAUGUUCCCCAAACACAUUAGGUAUCUUAGAGCACUUUCCUAUCCAGGCACCCAGCUUAGUAGGUAUGUGGGGUCUGACACUCCUCUUCUGGAGGUUACAGCUGACUAGCAAUAAUUCUGUUUCCCAAAGCAGGUAGAGGGGGUGGUACUGGGCACCUGGCCCACAGCAUGGCCUGCGUUGCUCACCAGCAGACCCUGCUCAUCCUUCUCACCAUGUCCCAUCCAGCCCUGGGGCAAGGGCGCAGGAAGCCUGUUCACACUUUGGGAUUAAGGGAAUAAAACAGAUCUGGGCCAUGCAUGCACAAAGUUUAAAGUUUGUUCCUCUGAAAAUAGAUAUACCUAUACAUGAUAUAUUUGUAUAUAUGAAAUCUAUAUUUGUUUAAUUUGAGCCAUUCAAUCUAAACCUAUGUACAGGUGUACAAUGAAAACUUCUAAAUGCUUAGUUAUUUUUCCCAGCAGUGUAAACUCACCCUUCUCCGAGUGUGGGAUCUGCAGACUUGACGUUACAGCUUUGCUCACUUCCUGGCAAGGGCAGUCCAGUCCCCAAAUUUGUAACGGAGCCUGGGGGUUGAAGGUUAUCUUUACAUACAUGUACAAACUGUUGUCAAGAGUAAUGUUAUUAAAAUAGAUUUAUUAACCCUGA